AUGAAUCCCCGAGGAAUUCCUUUGAAAAUCACUGCCAGGAGGAACCAGAGCGAACUCCAAAAAUCCCGCGCUUAUAGGAUCGAAGGACAAGUGGCGAUUCAUGGUAAUGACAACCAGCCCUUACUUUUGGAGGACUCCCCAAGCACGAUCGCCAUUGGUAAUGCGGAACUGAGACUCAACUCUAUGGUUAACCAAGUAUUAGCCCAAGGCCUCGGUCAAAUAGUUGAAUGGUCACGCAGGGAGGGGGAGGGAUUACCCAUCGAAGUUAUUAAGGUGAUGCAUAGAUGCUGGAAUGACACGCGGCGCAUUGAAUUCCACGCGACCUACUUGCUGGACACUAAUAUCACCUCUAAACUCACCAUGAAUGCCCUGGCUGAAGGCAACAUCAUCAGCUUGCGUGGGCGUGUCGUGGCGUAUACCAACACUUGGGAGAUAGAGGUCAUUGAUGCAGGGCAAGAUAUCAGGCCACGGAAAUUCAACUCAUUCAUUUCGAAGGCGAUAACAUUGCCAUUUUGA